GAACCCUGAGACCCCAUGGGCCAUAUAUACUACGGUUCCAUGCAGCACUCUUGCUACUUGGUGUCAGCUUCUCGACGAUCCUUGCUGUUCUAUAGGGAAGGUAUACAUCAAGAGGGAGACCGAUCGAGUAAAAGAUGAAUCUAUUCGUGACCCUCGCAUUGAUAACCUUGGCUUCAGGAGAUCCAGGACUUCUCAGGGUUCCCAAGGUGUACAACGCAGUCAUCACGAGCAAUCAAAAUUUAUCCCCGUCUAGAGCGUUCCCUGUGAUUCAACCGGUAAUUCAUCGAACCGCAGUCGGCUAUGUGCCACCGGUUUAUUACACGCAAGUAGCGCCUCAUAUCGCUGGUCCAGAAAUAGUGCAUCUUCCCCAAGGAGCCUCGAAGCCGAGCAAUCAGCCUGACAUUCAAGCCGAACCCUCCGCAGCAGUGGAACAAUCGAAAUCAGCUGACAGCAAGGAGAGCGCAGAACCAACGAACCUAAAUCCGGAAGAGCAGAAAGAUGCGUCGAAGUCAGGGUCCAAAGGCAAAAACGAAGAACAGGAACCCCUGAGCUUCUAUCCGAACUAUCAGUCGUUGUACUACGACCCCUAUUUCUACACGUACAAUAGGUUCAAUCCUCACCUGGUGCCUGGCACGUACUACGUGGACUAUCAACCUUAUGGAGUCCUGGAUCCUAUUCCAGCCACCACUCCGAAGAAUGGACUCUCGGAACAUCUGCUGCCAGCCUACCACGAGGAAAAGAAGAUCACGACAAAGGAUCAGAAAGAGAAAAUACCAGAUGUACCACCGCCACCCCUUCCGACAGCUGUGCCGAAAAGUUCUUGA